AGAUGUGAGAGAGAGAGAUUUGGGAUGCCCGUGGGACCAAACGAUCAGUCUUUUUGUUUCGAGUCGUCUUGCAUCUUUAGAGGAGAGUUCCAUACGAGGAAAAGAGGUUGGAGAGCGACUUUCACGGCAAGAGAAAAAGGGGAAAAAAACAGAAAGGAGGAGGAAGCGGAGCACGAAAUAUGGCACAGAUGAUGAUAUAAUGGGUUGA